GUUUGAGGUAAAUUUCAGUGAAAUUAAGGAAGGUGUCAUCGAGCCUUUUAAAGGCAGAUCAGAUUCAGACAUAAUGCAGAAAGUCUCUGGAGGACAUUGACUUCAUAUUUCAGAAAGUUUCCCAACACCAUCAGUGAUGGAGCAGCAUUUCUUCAUACUCCUGUUUUUCACAGGAUUUGUCCCCCUCACACUGCCUGUCCCUCAUAAGUACUAUCUGAUCCAACAAGGGGAAAUGUGGAUUUCUGCUCAGGCUUACUGUAAGGUCAACCACAGUGACCUGGCUAUAAUUGAAAGUAACAAUAACAUGAUUCGCCUUCAAAAUGAAGCACAAAGACAACAAUUCAGUUCUAGUGCUUGGAUUGGACUGUGGAAUGAUGUCAACAGCUGGUACUGGUCUUAUGGAUAUUGGCCACUGGGAAAUAUGAGAAAAUGGGCUGGUGUGGAGCCUAACAAUAGUGGUGGACAUCAAGAGUGUGUCGCAAUCGUUACCACGGGUUGGGCAGAUAGAACAUGUACAGAAACAUUUCCUUUUCUGUGCUUUGAUGACAGGGAAACUGGAAACUCCAGAUAUAUUUAUUAUUCUCAAUUAAAGUCUUGGUAUGAUGCUCAGAGUUACUGCAGACAGUAUCACACAGACCUGGCCAGCACAAGAGAUGCAACAGAAUACUCAGUUGUAUAUAAUUUGGUAACUUCUUUGACAAGAUACACUUGGAUUGGUUUGACCAGACACUCCUGGAAGUGGACAGACCAAACCAACUUCUCUACCAUCAGUUGGAUGCCUGGAAAACCUGAUAAUGUCCUGGGGAAUGAAAACUGUGGUUAUUUAAAUAAUAGUCAGGCCAUUGAUGCAAAGUGCUCUGAUGUAAUGCCAUUCUUCUGUUACUCAGUAAUCACAGGAAAAAUGCAAGUUAUAAGAAUUACGGUCCAGUCCAGUCAGGAUAUGAAUGAUCCUGCUGUAAUGUCUGCCACACUAGAGCAGAUCAAACAAAAAUGGAAAGCUCUUGGGCUGGCAGACGACAUCACUGUGAGAUGGAGAGUACGAUCACAGGGAGCGGUGUUUCAGAAAAAGUAGAAUAAUGAAAUGAACCAGGAAAAGAGUGACAUCUGUUUGUAAAAUUUAAUAAUUCUGUAGUUCACUACUAAUGAUGAGGGAAAAGCCAUUUUGACAUGAUUUAUUUGGGUUUAUUUAUUUGAUACAAUAUUGAUAUUUAUCAUUUAUUUAUCAUUAACUUUUUUUUUUCAAAUUUUGCUGAUACAGAAAGUUUGUAUUUAAAUGUAGAAUAUUUAAACGUAGAAUAUUUAAAUGUAGGCAUUGUUUUU